AACCUGACCUGGGCCACCGACAUUGCUAGUUUGUUGCCUUUCAGCUCGCAGCAGUGCCUGUCUCUUGCCUUCGUCGUCCUUCACGAACUUCUCCUCGGUAGUCUUAGACGUACUGAAUAAUAGUCUCCUAGUUGCGAUUCCUGUCGGUUUUCUAGGUCUCGUGCUGGCCUUGAAGCCUUACCCCAUCGUCCCCUCUCCGUUUCCUCUCAUCCAUGGCGACUGCAGCUGCUCCUACGAUGCAAGCGAAAUUGGUCCUGCUGGGCGACAUGGGCGCGGGGAAGUCGUCGCUCGUGCUGCGGUUCGUGAAGGGUCAAUUCUUCGAGUAUCAGGAGUCGACGAUCGGCGCGGCGUUUUUAACGCAGACGGUGGCGGUCAGCGACGCGGUCGUCAAGUUCGAGAUCUGGGACACGGCGGGGCAGGAGCGGUACCACAGCCUGGCACCCAUGUACUACCGCGGGGCGGCGGCCGCCAUCAUCGUCUACGACAUCACCAGCACUGAAUCGUUUGCUCGAGCCAAGAAGUGGGUGCAGGAGCUUCAACGGCAAGGAAACCCGAACCUGGUGAUGGCACUGGCAGCGAACAAGACAGACCUGGAGGCGCAGAGGAAGAUCUCAGAGGAGGAGGGCAAAGCGCAUGCAGAGGAGAACCGCCUUUACUUUGUGGAGACGUCAGCUAAAACAGCCACUAAUGUCAAUGAGCUCUUCUAUGAAAUAGCCCGAAGGCUACCCAAGGGAGCCCCUCCACAGCAACCUGUUGGCAUGCAGCUUCACAACAGGCCAAACCAAACCAAUCAGACAUCCAGUUCCUGCUGCUGAUGCAGAUUGUCUACUAUCAUAGCUAACAUACGGUUCACUCACAUGGUUUCGGUCCACCAAUCUGUACAUGCGCUUAUUUGUUGAUGCUGUGAAUUUCUACUUAUCAGCGUUUCUAGAGUGUAACACUUGCACUCGAGUAAAGCCGUAUCGGGUACGCGAGUCAACUGAGGUUACCGAGGAGGUUGGACGAAACGAAGGUGUCAAACAUUUGUAUUUGUUAUGUUUGCAUAGACUGUAUAGGGUCAUCU